GCUUGAAAGGAAACUUUCCAUAACUGCCUCUUGGCUUCUUUAGUGACGAAGCUCUACUGUAAUUUGAGAACAGAUACCUCUUCUAAGACAUAUCAUCAGCCAAAGAACGAAAAGGCUGUGCAUUAGCAGUCCAGAUGUUGAAAAGAGUGUAGUAGCAUGCAGCCCUGAAAGGAGACCAAGCUCUCCCACCGCAGACUUGCUGCGUCCCUCCUCCUGCUUCCUAAACUAGGAAUAAGAAGCUGCUAUAUUUACAUAAGAUCAUUUCUCUGUCUUCCCCGUGUCUCUCACACUGACUGGGGCAAGACACUAUUCUGCGUGCAGAACAAGGACAGCUGGAUAAAGGCAUUUUCCACUUCAACCAGUGCACAAGAAUCUGGAUACACAAAAAGGAUUUUUUUUAAAUUAUGAUAAAAGUGUUGAAAAAUAUAGACUGAGGAAUCAGAAGGGAAUUCUCCAUUUUUUCUUGUUCAAAAUCCGGGAAUUAUCACAGGAGACGUCACCCACCCAACGCCCUUGGUGUCACUACACAUCAUUGCCAUCAACAAUGAAAGGACUUCAGUUCCUGUGGCUUGGAGUUUUGUGCAACCUAUGCCAUGGAUAUUACACUGGACCUCUCUUUCCAGAAAUGUCCAAUGGGACCCUGCACCAUUAUUUUGUUCCUGAUGGAGAUUAUGAAGAAAAUGAUGAUCCUGAGAAAUGCCAGAUGCUCUUCAAAGUGAGAGAUGAUCGCCCCUGCACUUAUGAGGAUGCCCUCUCCUUGAAGGAUGAAUUCAUCAUCAUUAAAAGGCAGUUUGAGGAUGCUGAAAGGGUCCUUCAAAGCAUUGGGAAAAGCAUAUCCUAUGACCUUGAUGGAGAAGAGAGCUAUGGCAAGUACCUGGGGAGGGAAUCUUCCCAGAUUAGUGAAUCCUUCUCCACUUCGGACAAGUCCCUGACGGAACUGGAAGUCAAAUUCAAGCAGAGUCAGGAGAAUGAGAAGAAUGAAGCCAAGAGCAUUAAUGAUGACUUUGUGGACAUGAUGAUCCACACAAGGGGUGUACUCAAGGAAACAUUAGAUAUUUCUAUGGGACUAAGGGAUAAGCACGAGCUGCUCUCUCUAACCAUUAGAAGCCAUGGUACUAGACUUAGUAGGCUGAAAAACAUGUACCUAAAGGUUUGAAACCCAACUGUUGUCAGUGACACCAGCGUAAUUUAUGCAGCUUUUCCUUACAGAUGUCCAGGUACACCUGCAACUCCCCUUUAACAUGACUGUACUCUUAAACCAUCUAUAAAAAUGCCAUUCAUAAGGUAGUUUCUCCUAGUUAAAACGGGAUGUUGCUCCUAGCUGCCCUACUCCUUAAAAUUAACUUUUAGCAUGUUGUACAUAUUCUAAGCAUUUGGGCAGUUGGUCUUUAUUUUUUAUUUUUGCUCAUGAUUUAUAUUUUUUUUUUCUGCAGCUCUCCUCUUUUGCAUUCAAAUUGCUAGCCGGUUGCUAUGCUCACUAGUGCCAGCAAUAUAAUUGGCAAGGGCUUGAAUGGAGAGAUAAGCUAUGAAGUUCUGAUUACAAUACAAAUCUAGCCUCAUGACCAGCCAUGGUCAUAUUAAUGCCAGGAAUUAUCUUGAAUUCUAGAGGUAGGAAGGAACAACGACCAGUUGCAAAGCUGCUCAGAGUUGUUAAGAGGAUACUAAAACAUUUUAAGGUGAAUUUCCCUGUAAAAAAUGUAAAAUAAUGCCAGAUUUUCAGCAGCAGUAGUAACAGUACACUAUAAUUACAAUAUAAAAUCUGCCACACUCUGGCACUAAUUUGCAAAAAGGCAAAACUGUUAACCUUUCAUGGUCCAGACUAUGCACGACGAGCCAAUAUUCUCGGGACUUUGAUAGCCCCUCCCAAAGAAUUAGUUCCAUUGCAUAAACCCACAUAGAGGGAAUAAAGCAUAUUGUAAAUAGGGCAAUUUUUAAAUAAUAUUUAAAAUAUUUUGUGUCAACAGUUUGGUUCAUUUCUUGAUUUCUAUAGAAUAGGCUCUGAAGGUACUGAAGGAACCCUUUUUAUAACGUUACCGUCUAUACAGGUUCUGUGCAAAUAUGUCUGAUUGUCUUUAUUAUUUAUUGUAUAUUGUGUCCAUGUCAGUCUAAAUGCAUUGUCACAUUGCUAUCAUUGUGCUAUAACUAAACAUGUUCCUUGGUGUAUGAUACAGUAUUAAAUGUCAAAGUGUUCAUACUGUCACUCAAAAGAGUCAAAACUUCUGUUUACAUAAAGUAAAACUUUUUUCCUAUAUCUUAA